AUGGAGGCCAGAACGAAUGCGGAGUGGUUUAGGAUGAUUGAGACCGGCAACACUGAUUCAAUAUUAGCGUCUGUGGAUAAGUUCAAAGGCUUUGCAGAUGCCAAUGGCGAAACGGCUCUGAUGAAGGCUGUGCGCAGGCGGGACACAGCUAUAGUGAAAAUUCUCGCUUCUCAUGAACACUCCUGGGCAAAUCCAGAGGGAUACACGGCCCUAAUGCUAGCAGCCCUUAACGAUGCAGAGGACCUAUGCAAGAUCCUUCUAUCAUACGAGAGCGCAUAUACUUUGGCAGACGGGACUACUGCAUUGAUGCUUGCAGCUGUCAAUGGGUCUCUCAAUGCCCUUGAGCUUCUUUUGCCUUAUCUCGCUGACUGCCGCGACCACCAGCACCAAACUGCCUUGACACGCGCUGUAGAGGCACACCAGAUAAAGGCUGUGCGGCUCAUUCUAAGGGGCUGGGUGCACAUGGUCAGAGCUGACGUGGAUGAGGCACUUGCUGCAGCUCGGCGUUACGAUAUGUCAGACAUGUGUCAACUCAUUGAGCCCUAUAUUGGAUCAACGCCGCCGGUGCACUCCUCUACCUAUUCGGAUCCGUCGCCGGGGAAGCUGGCCCGAAGGACUGCAUCUACGCCAUCCUCUACAGAAAAGCUUACAUCAGCUUCUUUCAAUAGCACAGUUAGCGGUAGUAUCACAAAACCGUUUAGGCAAAAGGAUCCCGGCGUUGUAGAGCUUGAGCGCAAGGCUGCCAUACUAGAUGAGGUCACCGGCUUUAUUAAUUCGCAAACGAAGCUCUCCAGCCUCACAGCUGCAGAUAUAACCGAUUAUCUCACCACAGUUUUCUCACGGAAUUACAUAUUGACUGCAGAGAAAACUCAACUUCAGGCCGAAUUGGAUAAAGCGCAACGGAUUAUCCAAAGUCAGGCUCUCGACUUGAAGUCUAGUAGCGCUAGGGGGUCUUCGGUUCCAGGCAUCUCAAUGAUCGGGGAUGCAAACGAGGUGUACACCCGUACGCUCUCUGACACACAGGCAGAGCUUGCCCGUUGUCUAGUUGAACUGGAGGAAAAGCGCAGUAUGAUGGAGAUUGCGAAAACAGAAGAGGACAAACUUGUUCUUUAUAUUAACUCGAAACUUGGCACUAGGGCAUCUUCGCUAGAUGAUUUGAAGUAUGUCUUGGGGAACUUCUUCGACCAAUCUGAUGCGCUGCGGGAAGAAAAUGCAUCUCUUCACGCAGAGCUGAAAAGUCUUCGAACUAAUCAGAUAGGAGAGCCACGACACUCACUGGGCUCCAUCUCGAGGGACACUAUAGAGCUGAAGUCCAAGCUUCUAGCAAAGGAAACUGAACUAGAGAUUUUGCGGAAGAGCGUAUCAGAUAUGCGUGCAGCGCAUGCCGAGCUCAUCACAGACCACGAUAUUCUUCGAACAGAGAUGGACCACAUUAAGGACAAACAGACGGCAUUUUUGUCUGAGAUAGAAGAAACUCUCUCAGUCCCCUGCAAGGGAUAUAACGACGUACUGGCGGCUAUUCGUGCCACUGAUACGUUUGCUAAAUCUGCACUGCCAUCGAUGGUAAGAGAUCUGGAGGCCACAAAAGACGACAAUAAAUUAUUACGUCUGAAAGUGGAGCGACUGACUUCUGAUCAGCAACUUGCAGCUAAGUACACCGCUGAACUUUUGGCAACGCUUAGCGCCUACCAAAAGCAUCCUGUGCUGCUUUCAGACGCUAACAGUGUAUUAACGCAACUAAUAGCCUCCACUACAGUCUCAUCUGUUCCGCACCAUACGGACAGGGCUCCUCUGGAGUCGUCUCCUUUGCCACCUUCUUCAGCAGCUGCUCAAGUUUCUACUAAAAGACAAUCUCUUAGUACUCUGCUAGAACUGUCUGCGGUUACUGAAGAGCAGAACAAGAACGUCCUGGAUAACAAGCAAGAUGAGUUGGAAUCUCUAAGAAACCUACAGACAUGCACGGCUCAGAGGGCAGACAGAUUGGAACAAGAGCUCAGUGAUGCACGCAAACAGCUGGCCGAGUUGCAAGAAUCUCUUGAGUCCCGCUCCACGGACCUUUUGCUAAAGGCAAAGCUCUACGAUGAAGCUGCAUCUGCAGUUAUAGAUGUAACUGAUGCAAAGGCAGGAGUGGAGAACGUUGUAAUGUCCCACAUCUUUGCAGUGCGUGAAGAAAAUAAGAGACUCCGAGCAGAUCUUGUUCUUGCACGUGAACGGGUGAGCGAAAAGCGGCUAGCUGAUGUUCUCAGCACUACUGAUACAACCGGACAAAUAGACUACCUCUAUAAAGAGAUGACGGAGUACCAACGCAAGCUAAGGAUUCUUACCGAUAACACCAAUAGAAUUUUCGAUGCCAUAGAAAGUGGGUUGGGACAGCGCUACCAUGACGUUGAUGAAGUAACUACUGGCCUUACGCGGCACUUUGCACGCGUGCGGUGCCUCAGUGAGCAGUUGGCGCUUCUAAAGGGACAGGAGAGCCAACUGAAUGCAAAAGCAUCUAAUUCAUUAGGGACUCAUGAGCCCUCCCAAUAUAAGGAGGUUUACAUUACUGCUACUGAUAACGAUAUACGGAAGCGCAAUGAGGCAAUCGUUAAGCUAACAGAGGAGAAUGGCAAUCUUCGUAAAGAAUUAGAAAAGCUGCGUCCAUAUGAGCGAUUUUACACCGAAAGAAAGUGCGAGCAGUGUGUCAUAAAUGCAGAGACCAUCCAGAAGCUUACUACACGUUUAGCUGCUGCAGACAAGAGCGUUGCACAGCUCAAUCACCUUGUCUCCGAAAAAGAGCAAGAAAUACAAAGGCUAAAGGGUGAAGUAGCAGAGCAUAUUGCUCGGCAAACGGAGCUGAUCGCCAGCCAGUCUAAGAUUUGCAUGGCAAAGACCGCGUCGAAAAGUGAUUCUGCGCGUCCCGGAAGUGCCUUCUCUGGGCGGUCUAAGAGGGCAUCCUCUGCCACUGUCUUCGUGCCUGCACGUUCAUCGGUGGCUACUACGCGGCCGAUGCCCACUCCACUGGCAAACAUUGCAACCAUGGCCGCCAAGGCGCAAGCUGGAGGACUGCGAGCCCUCAUCCAGGCCAACCCGGGAGCAGAUCUAUCUAAGUACGGCACCAUUCCACAUGAGGCUGAUCAACUCCUUGCCGCCGUCGGAGAGGUUGUCAAUCAAUUGAAGCAGGCCAAGUCUGAUGAUCGCACGUUACUUAAGGACUGGGCAAAGCUAUCAGAAAAGAUUGCCACGCUGCUUGCUAAGCUAUUCAAGGCGACUACUGAUCCACAGAUAGUCCACAAAGAGCUAGAGGACUGCAAGCACUCGCGGGACGCUUUAAAGCAGAGACUGGCUAAAGCAUAA